CGGCCAGACAAAAAUAGUCCUAAAAUACGUAUUACUAUAUACUAUUAUAUAUCAACUGGGAAAAGUUGAGCAAGUAGAAGAGAUAGGACCAAUUUGAAGAAAAUAGCUUCGGGUCCAAUAUUACUAACGUUUCUCAUAUAAGGAGCAGUUCAUUCAACAGAACCACACCAAUUCAUUCACAGUAUAUACAGUAUCUGUUUGAAAGAUCGAAGGAUGUAGUCUGUCUUCUAUCAUUUUCCCCAUUUAUGCAGUUAAGGCAUAAUGUAUAAACAAAAUAGAAGUUGGAUGUAUGAUAAAGAUGCGGUAUUGUACGGAAUGCAAUCAAAUUUUCUCGAUGGAGUCGGGGAAUUUAUUGAAUUCGCACUUGAACAUCCGGCUUAUAUGAGUGGUGAUAAAAUAAGAUGUCCAUGUUCAAAGUGUAAAAAUCUCAAAUUUAAAGACCCACACGAAGUUGGGUAUGAUUUGUACGCUGUCGGUUUUGUUCCCAAUUAUUAUAAUUGGACUUCUCACGGCGAACCUUUGGAUCCAUCUGUUAUACCACAAACGGUAGGUUCGUCUCGUUACGUCCCUCCAGAGAUGAGUGCGUGGGGAGACCGUGCUGAAAUGAGGUGGGACCAACAAAUGGUAUAUGACGCAUACGGUGUACCGAUGUCUCAGUUCAACCCCCCACAACCACCUAACGACCCCCCUGAAGCCUCAACCUCGUAUCAACCAGAUGCGGAUGAAAAUCCGACAUUUUAUCAACCUUAUGUGGAUGAAGGUUUGGCUGAGAGAUUUCAGGAUGUUCUAAAAGCUGCCGACCAACCUCUGUAUGCUGAUUGUGAGGGAUACUCUCAGCUAUCCGCCGUUACUGAAUUCAUGAACAUAAAAGCCGAAUACAGUCUCCCUGAAACUUGCAUGAAUAGAGUCUUGCAGUCAGUAGGAGGGAUGCUACCGCGAGAUCAUACCCUUCCGGAUUCAUAUUACCACAUGAAGCAGUUAAUGUCUAAGUUGGGGCUACCUUGUGUUGAAAUUGAUGCGUGCCCGGAAGGAUGUAUGUUGUUCUGGAAGGAGGAUGAGGCACUUGAGUUCUGCAAGUUCUGUGGUGGAGACAGAUACAAACCUGUUCGUCAAGGUAAAAAGAAACCACGACAUAGGUCUGCACUGUCUAAACUGUAUUACCUCCCAAUAGCUCCUCGACUGCAGAGGAUGUACGCUUCGACUGCUACUGCGAAACACAUGACAUGACAUGUUGAGCACGAAACCAACGAGGGUAUGAUGGCUCACCCUUCGGACUGUGAAGCCUGGAGACACUUUGACCGCUGUCAUCCUCAGUUUGCUAUGGAGCCACGAAAUGUGCGGCUGGGAUUGUGCUCAGAUGGAUUUGCUCCUUUUGGCAGGUUUGGCAAGAACUAUUCAUGUUGGCCGGUCAUGUUAACUCCUUACAAUCUCCCUCCCGACAUGUGCAUGAAAAGUCAUUUCAUAUUUUUGUCUUUAAUUUGUCCGGGUUCCAAGGAUCCUGGGCGAAAGAUAGACAUUUAUCUCCAACCCCUUAUCGAGGAGAUGAAAGAACUGUGGGCCGUUGGGACACCAACUUAUGAUGUUUCAUCAGAUAAAAUGUUUAUCAUGAAAGCUGCCAUCAUUUGGACCAUUAGCGACUUCCCUGCCUAUGGCAUGCUUUCGGGAUGGAGCACACACGGUUUGAUGGGAUGUCCGAUAUGUAUGGAGAAAUCAGGUGCCAACUGGCUUAGUUACAGCAAAAAAGGAAGUUACUUUGAUUGUCACCGCAAGUUUCUCCCGGAAAGGCACCGAUAUCGAAAGGACAAGAAGUCUUUCAUUAGAGGCAGAGCGGUACGAGAGAGCCCACCCCCGAGAUUGACCGGUGAAGAAAUUUAUAACCGGGUUCGACGUUUUCCUACGGCUAUGGAAGAGCCAAACCAAGAGCCAUAUGGGUAUUCUGAUACCCAUAAGUGGACAAAGAGGAGCAUAUUCUGGGAGUUGCCUUAUUGGAAAGACCUUCUCAUCCGUCACAAUUUAGAUGUCAUGCACACUGAGAAGAACGUCUUUGACAAUAUAUUUAACACGGUGAUGGAUUUGAAAGGCAAAACUAAAGACGGUCUUGCAGCUAGGAAAGAUAUGACUAUUUGGUGUGAUAGACCCGAACUUUCUGUUGAUCUAGAAUAUCACGGCAAGGAAGUUCCAAAAGCAGUCUACCAGGUCACAGAACCACAAAAGGCAGCAAUAUUACAAUGGCUUGCGUCUCAGAAGUUUCCAGAUGGCUACUGCUCCAACUUGUCUAGAUGUGUAGACAUGAACAAACUUACCACGACGACGAGCAUGAAAACUCACGAUGCUCAUGUAAUAAUGCAAAGACUUCUACCAAUUGCACUAAAAGAGAUGCUUCCUGAACACGUAUGGUCCUGCAUUACUGAAAUCAGUUUGUUGUUUCAAUCGAUAUGUUCCAGCGUUUUGGAUGCGGCAUCCCUCCGGAGACUACAAGAUUCUGUUCCCAUUCUGAUGUGUAAUCUAGAAAAAAUAAUGCCUCCAUCGUUUUUCGAUACAAUGGAACAUCUUAUAAUACAUCUUCCGUAUGAGGCUUUGACUGUUGGGCCCGUCUUCUAUCGCUGGAUGUACAGAUUUGAAAGAUUUUUAGAGAAUAAGAAGACAACUGUGGGAUCAACUAACUACUCUUGGAAGGAACCAUAACAUUCCUUGGGUUAUUAUGGGUGACUUCAACUGUGUCUGCUAUCCUAAGGAGAGAAGAGGGAGCAAAGAGCCGGCGGAUUAUUUUACGAAAGACCUCAUGCUGUGUAGGAACAUCCUUAAUCUGGAGGAUGCCCCCUCAAAUGGACUGGAGUACACGUGGAAUGGAGGAAACAUAUGGGCGAAAUUGGAUAGGGUCCUUGUGAAUUAAAAUUGGCUAGCAAAUGGCUGGAAAUGUGUAGCAGACUUCUUGGAUUUUGAUGAUAUAUCUGAUCACUGCCCCAUCAUCAUAUCUUUACUAUGUAAUGAAAAGAAAGGUCAUAGCCCCUUCAAAUUUUUCAACAUGUGGAUGAAGCACCCAACUUUUAAGGAGAUUGUUCAACAAGUCUGGGAAACAAGCAUCGAAGGAUACCAACAAUUCAGGUUGUGCCAAAAACUGAAACUAUUCUAGAAUCCCCUGAAACGACUGAAUCAAAAUCAAUUUGCUCAUAUUUUUGCAAAAACCAAGGAAGCCAAAAACAACUUCAAAAAUCUCCAAAUAUCUCUCAACCAGGAUCCAGAUAACACAGCUAUUCUUGAACAAGUGAAGCUAGCCAGGAAAAGAGCCAUUUUCUUAUCUAAAGCUGAGCUAUCCUUCUUCCAGCAAAGAGCAAAAACUACCCAUUUGGUUGAAGCAGACCGAUGUACCAAAUACUUUCAUGCUAUCACAAAAAGAAAUGCAGCCUCCAGGUGCAUAGCUUCUGUCAGGAAAAAAUGGCCUGUUAACUACCUCCAACGAGGAAGUCAUUCAAGAAUUCAUUAACUAUUUUGAAGAGAUUCUAGGAACUGAUGUCUCGUGUUGUGAUUUGGAUGAACAAGUGAUCAGCAAUGGCACCCUGAUUAACACUGACAAGACACUCAAACUCAUUGAACCUAUUACUCAGGAGGAGGUAAAGGCUGCUCUGUUUGAUAUAGGGAAGGAUAAAGCCCCCGGACCCGAUGGUUAUUCGUCAGGUUUCUUUAUAAAGAAUUGGGAUCUGAUUGGAGAAGAUUUUUCAGCGGCAAUCCUUGAGUUCUUUGCACAUGAAGCCUAGCAAUUCUCGUCGCUCCUCUUAGAGUCGUCAUCACGCCUGAGGCCUGCGCGGCAUCCAAAUGUCGUCGGCGGGGUGCGGGAACCGUCGACUGCUCAGGCUGGGUCCUCCUAUGUUGCGGCGGUAAGGGAGACACUCCCCGGCCGACGCCUUCACACCCAACCUCGAUUCUUCUCCGCCAUUGACUUUUUGGGACUCCCACCAAAGCCGGCCGGUAAGCUGGAUGACACCGCAACGGUCUCCUUCACCGAAUCCGACAUCCAGGUUCUCUAUAUUAAUUUCCGAUAUGUUCUUGUUAGAACCUUCCCGGAAGGCCAUCCCCACCUUCCUUCAAUUCGUAAGGCCAUCGAUGCGUUAGGGUUCUCCCGCCCUUUUUUCGUCGGGCUCCUUAAUUCGAAUCGAAUCCUGCAACUGUGACUCUAAUUUUCAGAGAUUUUGGUUAAAAAAAAGUUUGGGAUUUCUUUGGUUUCGCAAUGAUGGUUACCAGAUGGAUGCCAUAUGCCAGUACCGCUUUGGGUGGCCCUGAAUGGGCUGCCGAUACACCUACAUGAUGUCCGAGCCUUAUUCUCCAUCGUGAGUCUUUUAGGCAGGCUUCUACAAAUAGACAAUCCUAGGACCAAUUUCUCUAGGCCAACCACAACCAGGUUUUGUAUUCAACUAAAUGUUUCUAAAGUUUUUCACAUUAAGAUCUGGAUAGGCAAUGGUGAUUCAGGUUUUUAUCAAUCUGUGACUUAUGAAAAUGUCUCUAUUUUCUGUACUGUCCCUACUGUUAUUUAUGAUGCCCAAGCAAAUGCUAAACUCCAGGUUGGAGUUUUUGAUAACCAAAGUGCUGUUGUUAGUGAAGGUUUAAACUUUAAAGGCCCCUGUCCCUGCUAUUUUUGACUUACAGUGCACUGUUACUCAUUCAUGUCCCUUCACAGUUGUAACAGACUGCAACGAGGCCCCUCUUGAAGCUACUAAAGCUGUUCUUAACACUAGAUGUGCUAUGGUUACAACUGUCCAACGUCUAGUGCCUUUUGAUUUUGAUGAAUUCCCGUCGGCCAACACCCUUCACGAGGCGGUAAUCAAGGAUAUUCAAUGUUCUUUGCUUGAUUUGUAUUGUUGGCUCUAAAGUUCAUGACUCACUGUCCCGCUAUCUGAGCGGCAUUCUAAUGCCGCUGGCGGAGGGGCUGGAUCUGUUGGCUCUUAGACCACUGCGUAUUGAUACUCCAACUGCGAACUUCUACACACCCUCAACCGCUAGAGUUUGCAUUGAGAUUGACAUUUCAAAAGCUCUUCCAUCGAAAAUUUGGAUUAGAAGUGUGGAUUCUGGGUUUUUCCAGUCCAUUACAUAUGAAAAAAUGCCCUUUUUUGUUUAACUUAUUUCUAGAUUUGGUCACGUAGGUUGUCCACGGACUGAUAAUACAUUAGAGCAUUUAUCUAAGAGGACUUUGGUAUCUGAGGUUAGUAAUAAACCUCCUGAGGCUGAGUUAGCGAAACUGUAUUGGUUCAUGAACAUUUAGUCCCCGAGGAUAACGCCCCUAAAACUUUUGCUCCAUCUGAUGUACAAUCUAAGCCUCUUUUGUGUGUGCAGGUUGAUAACGUCCCUAAUCACCCUGAAUGUGUUGGUAUUGACAAUGCCCCUGUGGAUCGUGGUUCUAGAACCAGUGAUUUUGAUGUUCAGGCUAUUGCUGCCAAUGCAGUUGAUACUCAAGAUGCCCCAUCUGUUUUUCCAAAUGCUGCCCCUAUUAAGGCCCCAAUAACAACCCCUCUAAGUGUGAUCUCAGUAAUGUGUGAUGCAUCUCCUGUUUGUGCUAUUCCAGAAACCCCCCUCCCCUUUAAAUUAAAGAUGUUGCCCGGGCAGCUUGUCCCCCUCUUACUGAUGAUAUUUCUUAUGAAGCUUGUGAUCACCCAGCUGUCCAACUCCCUGAUGCCUAUGAUGAAAAUCUGAGGCUGCAGCCCCUUUUGAUUGAGAAGCAAACUAUUGCGGCAGCUUCAAAGUAUGUAAACAAUGAAGGCCCUUAUGAUAGUUAAAAUGAUACCCAAGUUGUAAAUGUUCAAUCUGCCAAUCCUUUAGCCACAGUAGCCCCAACAAAUUGUAACAUGAAUUGUGCAACUAUUCUUGAGAAGGAAACGGUUGAUACCUCUGCUCCCCAACGCCACAGUGCCUUCAAACAUGAUGAACCCCCGAUGGCUACCUGUAACAAGGCGGUAACCGGGAAAAUAACUCAUGAUCUGAUUACGUGUGUGCAUCGAAAUCGGAAAUGAAGAUCUUCUUUCUGAUCCCAGCACUUCAUAUAUUACACUGGUCCGAAAAAUGUCCUGUAAUGAAAUCAUAUCUAAGGAUAGUAUAUUUUUAACUCUUUCUGUUUCAGGUAAUAAAGUAAUCUCGCCUGUCGAUGAGGAACUCCUGGAAGGCCUUACGCAGGUCAACAGAAGAAACAACAAAGGCAGUGAAGUAUGAUAGAAGCAAAUGAGGUUUCAAACGAUGAAGUUCGUAGCAUAAGAACGGGUUUCAUUCUGUGCAAGUUUACAAAAGAAGAUAUGUGAAGGCCCUAGGAAGUGUGGUGUAAAAGUUAGACAUAUUAGCGUUUUGUUCUUGUAUAUUAGUUGUUGUUUCCGGGUGUGCCCCCAUGAAUUAUGUAGUAUGUACAUUCACAUUUAUGUGAGAAAUUGAGAUAUAAAUAAAAAUCUUUGAAUUUUGGUUAUU